AUAUAACGAUUUCUUCAUCUACUGAUUUUUGUCACAACAAAACUGAAAUUUCUGGAACAGGGAAUAGUAUUAAUACCGUUUUUGCUUCAAAUUCUGAGAUUCAAUCAUGGAUUUCGGCAAGAGGAUAUAAUCCAAAGACUUUUAAUUGCAAACCACCUCACGCACGAUUCUUCGUAAUUAAAUCUUGUACAGGAGAUGAUAUUCAUAAAUCGAUUAAAUAUGACAUUUGGGCCAGCACAGAAGUCGGUAAUCAUCGUUUGGAUAAAGCUUUUCGUGAUAAUGCGGAUAAAGGUCCAAUUUAUUUAUUUUUUAGUAUCAUUGCUAGUGGAUAUUUUUGUGGUAUGGCAGAGAUGCUUACUCCUGUAGAUUAUACAACGAGUGCUACCGUUUGGGCUCAAGAUAAAUGGAAGGGAAUAAUUAAAGUUAAAUGGAUUUUCGUUAAAGAUAUUCCCAAUAAUCAUCUGAGUCAUAUUAAGCUAGUAAACAACGAAAAUAAACCCGUCACAUAUAGUCGUGAUACUCAAGAACUAUAUCCUGAACCUGGUCAUGAAAUGUUGAAAAAAUUUUACGAUUAUAGUAGCAGAUCAUCAAUAUUUGAUAAAUUCGAAUUUUAUGAAAAACGUGAAAUAGAAAUGCGAAAAGACAGGAUUGCGCUGCUGAGACCAGCGAACCCUGGCGUAGAGAUUACAAAUUAUUAG